AUGACGUCAUUGGCAGAUAGUCUCUUCAACAAUCACGAGUCUGGUGAUGAAAUUUCACCAAAAAGAAACGAGGACAAUGCCUCACCAACGGAUGACCCACAAAUUGGAGACAUUGGCGCGUUAGCGAUUCAACAACUCGCCGCCUCACAAGCUGCCUCUCCCACCAUCACCGAGGAUGUUGAACGAGAAAUGAGCACUCUUGAACGAGACAUAAAACGACAGAAAGAAUCAUCAGUGAAUGCGAAAACAGCGAUCACUUUUGAUCAACUUAAAAAGAUUCAUCAGAUUGGUAAAGUUCUCGGGCCAGCAAAAGAACAAUUCUACGACCGGAUCUGUCGAGCGGCUGACAUUCAACGAGCAUCGCUGAAGAAUCGACUCAAACAGAAUAAAGAGAAGUUUGAACCCGGUCCAUUCUCCAGUAGCAACUCACAGUACAGUUUGAGGAAUCAAGGCGGCGCCGCACCGGCAAUUUCAGUAGAUUCACCAAUCGCAGCCGAAGUCCCAUCAAGUGUUUUCAAUUUAAACGGAACUUUCGCCAAUGGUGGCUUCAAUCCUUUCAUUUUUGCUACACCACCUGAAAUGCCGAUUGAUUGCAAACCUCAGAACUUUAUGCGAGCUCCGAUAGGCGGAAUGGAGAACCGAUCGAUUUCCCCUGGAUCAACAGCUGAUGAGGACAGUGUGAAGAUCCCUGUUGAGAGAGUCAAUGAACUCUUCCAACUUGGUUUCACCUAUGAUGAAGUGAAAGAGUUCAACAGCCUCUUCGAACAGUUUAAACAGCUUUCCAAAGAUGUUUGUCCACCAGCACAACUACUGACUGCCUUCUCGAAUUUUAUCUCUCAGAGUGUCCCUGAUCCGUUAAAGUUGAUUUGCACAACGUUCAACCUUCUUGAAAUGGGCUACACAAGACGAGAAAUGCUGAAAAUUGUGAACAAAGAGAGAAGAAACCGUUUGGAGGACGAUGGCGAAGUAAAAGUGCCGUUCACUAAGCGGCAAUGUUUCGGAGAUGGAGAGUCGAAUGAUUCU